GAUUAGCAAAUAGAAAAACUCCCAAAGCUUCACUCCGUAAACCCUAAUUUUCCGAUGUCGAUCUUCGAGUACAAUGGAAGUGCCGUCGUAGCUAUGGUAGGGAAGAACUGCUUCGCUAUAGCCAGUGAUCGGAGGCUUGGUGUGCAAUUACAAACCAUCGCUACCGAUUUUCAGAGAAUCUCUAAGAUCGACGAUCAUCUCUUCAUCGGACUUUCCGGCCUCGCCCCCGAUGUUCAGACAUUGUACCAGCGACUCGUAUUUCGUCAUAAGUUAUAUCAGCUUAGGGAAGAAAGAGACAUGAAGCCAGAAUCUUUCGCUAGUCUUGUAUCUGCCAUUCUUUAUGAGAAAAGAUUUGGUCCAUACUUGUGUCAACUUGUGAUUGCUGAAUUGGGAGAUGAUAACAAACCCUUCACUUGCACAAUGGAUUCGAUUGCAGCCAAAUUCUAAGGAUCCGAGAUGGAAUCGCCAGUCAAAUCUUUGUUGAUGUCAUGAAGACCAAUAUGAAUGGAAAAUGAAAAAGAGGUUAUUUA